AUGUCCAACCGCUUUGUGUCUGCAGGCAAAAUUGGCUCGUCAGGCGAAAUAUCUACAGAGACGAAGAGCACGGAAUCAAGCGCAACACAGCAACCUCUUCACAGCUCUACAAAACUGAAAGAAUGGGAAGCCGUUCAGGAACAACUGGAAGCUGAAAGGAAAAGACGUGAAGAGCAGCGCAUCAAGUUGGCCACAGGAGAGGGUGAAAAGAGCUUGUACGAUGUACUCCAAGCAAACAAAGCGGCGAAGCAAGCAGAGUUCGAAGAACAAAGUAAACUACGUAACCAGUUCCGCGCGCUGGACGAUGAUGAGAUAGAGUUCCUGGACGAGGUACGCGCAAAGAAACGCGCCGAGGAGGAACGCGUGAAGCGGGAGACAGAGGAGGGUCUAAAAGCAUUUCGCGAGCGGCAAAAGGGCGAUACCGCUCACGAUGGGCCUGCUGAUGCUCAAGAAGGCGUCGAAUCGUGGGAUAUUGGCCGGAAGCGGAAGCGCAACAAGGAGAAGGAAGUCAAGGGUUUAAGGCGCAAGGUCAGCGCUGUAGAGGAAACUGGCAAGGAAGAUCUGGAACCAGAAGAAACCACGGAACAGGACGGUGAAAAGGAGGUGAAGCCCAAAGCUACAACUCAAACUGCCUCGAAGCCGCCUGAAAAGAAGGGGCUGGGGUUAGUGAGUUAUGGGAGUGACUCCGAUGAUGACUGA